AUAAAGGAAGUGCCUGUGAAAGCUCAUUACUCCAUUCAGUUACCGUGCAGGAAGAUGUCUGGUUCUGAAGGGCAAAGCAAAUCUAAACGGGAGAUAUUCCUGGAGGAAAUGAAAAGAGUAGCUGAAGAGGCCAGUAAGAAGACUCCAGAGGAACUCAAAUUUAAUUAUAAGGGGAUUCUGUACCCGACCCUUCUCUGUAGUGAGGCCACAUUCCAAGCCUUAGAGCCCUUUGAAGCCAGAGAAGAUGAUGUGCUGAUUGUAACUUAUCCAAAAUGUGGAACGAACUGGUCAAUUCAGAUACUUCAUGAAAUGUUAUUUGGAUUGCACAACAAAGAGCCUACACUUGACCAAGCGAUGAUUGAAUUUGGAAAACCAGAAAAAUUUGAGUACGUGAAGCAACAAUCGUCACCACGAGUCUUUUCAUCACACCUGAGUUACAAUAAUAUCCCUAAGCUGUUUUUGGAGAAGGCCAAGAUAUUGCUUAUUCUUCGGAACCCAAAAGACGCAGCGGUGUCUUAUUACCAUUUCACAAACAACACUCCUGUGCUUCCUACAUACAGCUCUUGGGACUUGUUUUUCAAAGAUUUUAUAACUGGAAACAUCAUUUAUGGAUCAUAUUUUGAUCAUGCUCUUGGCUGGGAGAAACACAUGGAUGAUAGGAAUGUACUUGUACUAACAUUUGAAGAUAUGAAAAUGGACCUUGCUGCAGAAUUGAGGAAAAUAUCUGAUUUCUGUAGCUUAUCUUUGACGGACGAGCAAAUCGAGAAGGUUCAAAACAAAAGUACUUUUAAAUCUAUGAAAGAGAAAUCCAGUGAUACUCAUGGGAAAUUAGGAAACACUCUCUUCCGAAAAGGAGAAAUCGGGGACUGGAAGAGUCUUUUUACUGUAGAACAGAGCAAAGAAGUGGAUGCCAAGUUUGACGUGACCCUUGCAGGAACAAAGCUGGGAGAGAAGAUAGACUAUAGAAAAUAUUGUACAUUUUAGGAAAUUAAUCUGUUUUUUUGUUUUUUGUUUUUCAAGUCAAGUGUAUCCAUUUUGUAGAUGAAGUUGAGACACGGAUUCAAAACUAUGUUUUAAAUAUAUUUUGAUUAACUCCAACAGCCAACCUAAUGGAAAGUGUUCAGUUUACAAAUUAUUAAAACACUCUCUGAUUAUAAGCUAACAAGAAUGUGAACUGCAUUU